AUGACGGAUGUCGAAGACGCGCUUUCUGUGGCAGGACGUGGAGAGCUACGACGUUCUCUUUUCAUUGUCAAGGAUCCAUAUAUUGACGCAAUUCCCAAGGUCGAGCUUCAUGUUCAUAUCGAAGGCAUCAUAAGUGCCGAUCUAAAAUGGAAGUUCUCGCAGCGAAACAAGCAGGCGAUCAUCAACCCUCGGACCGGCCGAGCUUUCUGCUCACUCGAGGAAUUGCGAGACUCUCACGAUACCUUGAAGCCGCGUACUGGUUCCCGUAUGGACAACAGUGAGGAGACUCUCUCCUUUUUCGAGGCCUACUACGGUGGCUUUGAGGUUCUCAAAACGCAACAAGACUACUUCGAUCUUGCAAUGGAUUACUACGAACACGCUGUGUCAAUGAACGUGAAAUACGCAGAGAUCUUCUUUGAUCCACAGGGACACACACGGGUUGGGACGAAGUGGAAGACGAUGAUGGCAGGGUUCCGAGAAGCGCAACGAAAAGCUGAGAAGGAAUUUGAUGUACAAUCUACCUGGAUCAUGUGUUUCCUCCGAGAUGAAUCCCCAGAGUCUGCAAUGGAACACUACGAAGCAGCUCUGACUUACCGCGACAUGAUUGUAGGAAUUGGCCUUGACUCCAACGAAGUCGACCGACCACCAUCCUUGUUCGACGAAGUCUUCACUCGGGCAAGGAAAGACGGCUUUCGUCUUACUGCGCACUGUGAUGUGGGGAAAUCCUACCCGCUCGAGCAUAUCCGUCAGGUGGCAUCAAGCAUUGCAGGCAGGGGCGCUGAUCGAAUCGACCACGGACUCAAUGCCGCUAGCGAUGCAGAUCUUGUUACUCUCAUCAAAGAGAGAGGGUUGGGGAUGACGAUCUGUCCUUGGUCAUAUAUCCGGCAUCAACCGUUUGACGAGGUAUUCCAGCGUAUUCGAGUACUCUUCGACGCUGGGGUUAUGCUGAGCAUUGCAAGUGAUGAUCCAGCGUUCAUGGAAGAUACCUGGGUGAGGGAAAACUUACUUGUCGUUAGGAAGUACUGUAGCUUUACGAACUGGGAGGUACAGAAGCUUGCGGAAAGUGCCAUCCAGAUGUGCUGGGCUCGAGAAGAGCUCAAAGAUAAGAUGUUAAGAACUACCUUCAUCUUCUAA